AUGGAAAAAACUAAGAUUGGAAGAAAUCCAAUAACGGACGCCGAGUCCUCUCCUCAUCGAAGAUCGAGUUCUCGUCUCAAAAAUAUACAAGUUAGCAAGAAACCAACCCUUGUUCAAAAAAAGUUGCAGUUUGAGAAGGGUGUUAAAACCAACGCCGGUCGGAAGAUUUCCGGCAAGAAAAAUCAGGCAAAGACCGAUCUCUCAUCCGAUUCCGAUGAAUUUCAGUCGGUCCCAGGCCGCAAUCCACAGAAAAGGUCACGGGUUCACACUCAAGUAAAGAAAAGAGAUAUGGCACAAAAGGGGGAAAAAAUGGAUUCCGACUUCGAGGACGAAAUACCAUCAGAAAUCAGCGAAAGCGAAGAGAUAUCGAGUGAAGAAGACAACGACUUGCAAGAGAAAAAGGAAAAGGGAAAGAAACGGCCAAUGAAAGGUGAAUAUAAUGAGAACCCGUCCAAGAAGAGGAACAAGUCGGGUGACAAUCUGAGAAAAUCAAAAGAAGAUGUGCAGAUUGUGGGUAAUUUUAAG